GGAUGAAUGUAUGAUUUGUAAGCAACAGACAUGUAAAAAUAUAUGUAAAAAGGUAAAUACUGUCUGUAUGGGAUAGAAGAUUCCCUGAAAAUCAACACCAAGCAUGAGAUGUAUCAUGUAUUCAAGAAGCCAUUUAGGAAAGCUACCACUAGCGCGUGAGUGAUUGUUGAGAGAUGUAGGCAUAGUGCUCCAAGCUGUGUGAAAAGAAAAGAUCUCCACUCCACUCAAAUGUGGGCGCUGCCUUUUUAGUGCGAUUGCUGCUGAACAGACCCAAAAGCAAAGCCAAAGAUGAAAAUGGUUCUUCCAUUGCUCCUUGCAGCAUGUCUAGCAGUAGCAGCAUCAGCAGCAGCACCUUCUUCUUCAUUCCCAAAUCAUGGGAAGCAAAUCUUAAGAUUUGCCGAAGACAGCUUUUGCUCCACGCUGGUCCUGGUUCAUGGCUAUCCUUGCCAGGAGUUCAAAGUGACAACUCCAGAUGGCUACAUUCUGCGAGUUCAUAGAAUACCACACGGUGUGGCGGGAGUUUCCUCGCCAUCGCCAAAGCCAGUGUUUCUCCAGCACGGUGUUCUUCAGGGAGGAGACGAUUGGGUGUUUUAUCCCCCGCGCAAUUCUUUAGGGUUUGUUCUCGCGGACGAAGGCUUCGAUGUGUGGAUCGGGAAUCUCCGCGGCACGCAUUGGAGUCGCCAGCAUGUCUCGUACUCCUCCGGCGACAAGGCGUACUGGGACUGGACUUGGGACGGGCAUGCGCAGUACGAUCUCCCAGCCAUGCUCAACUUGGUUCAUGAAAACACUGGCUCGGAGCUUUACUAUGUCGGCCAUUCUCAGGGAACGUUGAUUGCUCUGGCAGCUUUCUCGGAGUCCAAGCUAAUGAAUGUCGUCAGGGCGGCGGUGUUACUCAGUCCCAUUGCCUACCUCAAAGGCAUGACUUCCACGCUUUCCAGGCUCGCUGCUCUACUCUACAUGGACCAGAUCUACGACGACGUAGGCCUGUCACAAUUCACUCUUGAAAGUGGAAUUGGUGCGUACCUUCUCAGGAAUUUAUGCUCGCUGGACCCCCGAUGCGCAGACUUGCUGGUCCUCGUGACGGGUAAUUCUUGCAACUUCAUAAAAAGCUUACAUGUUUUCGCUUUCUGGACAGGCCGGAAUUGCUGCUUCAACGCGAGCCUCACUUCUUACUACCGCCAGUUUGAGCCUCAAGGGUCGUCCACGAAAAACUUAGUUCACCUCGCUCAAAUGGUGAGAACCGGUUUGUUUGCAAAGUUCGACUAUGGUAGCAGUCUCGGGAACAUGCGCGCCUACUCGCAAGUGGUUCCUCCGACGUACGAGCCAGCCAACAUUCCCAAGAGCUUUCCAGUUUUCCUCGUGUAUGGAGGCAAGGACACAUUGUCUACGCCACAGGGCGUCCAGGAACUGGCCAAGCGCCUCGUUUGCACGCAGCAAACACUAUUUCUUCCAAACUACGCUCACGCGGAUUUUGUUGUAGGAACCCGAGCAAGGCAAGACGUGUUUGACCCGGUGAUUAAAUUUAUCAAGGCAAACUAAGUAAAGGUGUGGCAAAUCUCUGAUAAAAUCAAGCUUUUUGUUUUUUUGU